AUGCCCAACUAUGUGAAGUUUUUGAAGGAUAUUUUAGCUAAGAAGAGGAAGCUUGGAAAAUUUGAAACGGUGGCUUUGACUGAAGGUUGUAGUGCUAUAUUGAAGAAUAAAAUUCCUCCUAAAUUGAAAGACCCGGGCAGCUUCACAAUUCCUUGUUCUAUUGGUGGUAGAGAUGUUGGUAGACCACUUUGUCACUUGGGGGCUAGUAUCAAUUUGAUGCCCAUGUUGAUUUUUAAGAAGUUGGGGAUUGGAAAAGCAAGACCAACCAUAGUCACUUUGCAAUUAGCGGAUCGUUUUAUGGCACACCCGGAAGGAAAAAUUAAGGAUGUACUUGUGCAAUUUGAUAAAUUCAUUUUUCUGGCUGAUUUCAUCAUUCUUAAUUAUGAAGCUGAUAGAGAUGUUCCUAUUAUCUUGGAGCUUGAAGACUUAAGUGAAGAGGAAGAAAGCCAAGUUACAUGGGUGGAGUUAAAGCAACCCUUUGCUAAAUUUAGGAGGCCUUUUGAGUCAUUGGAUUUGUCGGAAGGGAAUUUUAAGCCUCCUAAGCCCUCUAUUCAAGAGCCACCAAAAUUAGAGUUGAAGCCUUUGCCUAAUCACUUGAAGUAUGCCUAUUUGAAAGAUAAUGAGACUUUGCCUGUGAUUAUUUCAGCCAUGUUAGGAGCAGAAAAAGAGCAUUUGUUGCUGGUUGUUUUGAAGAAAUAUACAAGAGCCAUUGGUUGGAGCAUGGCGAAUAUCAAUGAUAGUUCUUGGGUCAGACCGAUUCAGUGUGUUCCUAAGAAAGGUGGAGUCACGGUGGUCGCUAAUGAAAAUAAUGAGUUGAUUCCGACAAGACAAGUGUCGGGGUGGCAUGUUUGUAUGGACUAUCGGAAGCUGAAUAAGGCUACUUGGAAAGACCACUUCCUGUUGCCAUUCAUUGAUCAAAUGCUUGAUCGGUUGGCGGGAAAGGAGUUUUAUUGUUUCCUUGACGGGUAUUCAGGCUAUAAUCAGAUUUCCAUUAUGCUAGAAGAUCAAGAGAAGACUACAUUUACUUGUCCUUAUGGCACCUUUGCCUUUAGAAGGAUGUCGUUUGGGCUGUGCAAUGCUCCCGCCACUUUCCAACGUUGUAUGAUGGCGAUAUUUUCAGAUAUGGUGGAAAAGUCUCUUGCAGUCUUCAUAGAAGAUUUUUCAGUAUUUGGUGAGUCCUUUGACACCUAUUUGGCUAACUUGGAGCAAGUUUUGGCGAGAUGUGAAGAAAUGAACUUGGUACUCAAUUGGGAAAAAUGCCAUUUCAUGGUGCAAGAAGGCAUUGUGUUGGGCCAUAGAAUUUCUAACAAGGGAAUAGCAGUGGAUAGAGCAAAGCUGAAAGUCAUUGAAAAAUUACAACCACCAACUAUAGUCAAGGGGAUUAGAAGCUUUUUAGGACACACGGGCUUCUAUAGGAGGUUUAUAAAAGAUUUUUCAAAGAUUUCUAAGCCCCUUUGUUCCUUACUUGAGCAAAAUCAAGCAUUUGAGUUCACCAAGGAGUGUCAAGAAGCAUUUGUGACUUUGAAGAAAGCUCUUAUCACCGUACCCAUCAUUGUAGCUCCACAUUGGUCUCUUCCCUAUGAAUUGAUGUGCAAUGCUAGUGAUUUUGUUGUGGGUGUCAUACUUGGGCAGCGAAAAGAGAAGGAUAGAAAAGGAACAGAGAACCAAGUGGUUGACCAUUUAUCUAGACUUGAAGUUGGAAGUGAAAAGCAAAAUGAAGGGCCUAUUAAAGAGACAUUCCCCGAUGAACAAUUUUUUGUUGUGAACCAAGUCACUACAACAUUGUAUGCUGAUUUUGUCAACUAUUUGGUGAGUGGUUUGCAGCCACCUGAUUUGAAUAGGCAGCAACUCGAGAAAUUAUUUCAUGAUGUGAAAUUUUAUUAUUGGGAUGAGCCCUAUUUGUACAAGCAAUGUCCAGAUCGAAUCAUGAGGCAUUUUGUGCCUGAGGAUGAUGUUUUUAGCAUACUAGAGCAUUGUCAUUCAGCUCCUUAUAGUGGACAUUUUGGUGGGCAAAGGACAGCCGCUAAGGUUUUUCAAUCGGGAUACUAUUGGCCUUCUAUUUUCAAGAAUGCUCAUGAAUUUGCUAAAAGAUGUGACCACUGCCAAAGUGUUGGAAAUAUUUCAGCAAGGAGUGAAAUGCCCUUGAAUAGCAUCCUUGAAGUGGAAUUUUUCGAUGUUUAG